UGCUGCUCUAGUGUUUGUUGUAUUUCGGUAACACUUUCAAUUCUUAUUCUCGUUGCGUCGACUUAUUGCUCAGCACCUGGUGCAGCUUUCAGUGCAUGCCCGUUCGCGUGAACAAGGAAUAAAAUGCAGCAGCGCACAAGUAGAGCACGUCAAGACCGCUCCAACACUUCCAGCGUGCCAGCGCCUCCCGGAAAUGACACUUCCAACAGGCGCAAAGCGCAGGACCGAGCGACGCUAUUGCGCAUCGUUGCAAAGCUGGACUCGUUGCUGCAGCGGGUCGCGCAGUGGAUGGCAGAUCAAAAGAUGGAUCACAGCACCGAGGAAGACGAGAAGGGGGUGCACGACGCAAUGAAGAUGCAACCAGGCACAGGAGCUGUCGCAGCUGAGGACGUAAGAAGUAGAUCUUCAUCUUGAUGUAGUUGUAGAUCAAAGAAUGGGUCGUGGCUCACUAUGAUGCGUAAUAUCGGGAAGUCCGCCAAAAACAGGUAACGUCCCGCUCACGCGAAUGGCUCUCCGUCCCCGGCCUUGUCGAGCUCUUGAAUACCAAUAUCGUAUGCAAAAUUACCCACAUCUGUCUCCGCUGCAGAACUUUUUGUUUUUUUCCAAUUGAAUGUGCAGGCAUGUGUCAAACACGCUACCGCUUGCUUCUACCGCACCUAGUGCUACUCACACUCUUACAUGAUAUGCUUUUGCUGUAUCUUUUUGCGUUGCGUUUACUUUAUUUCGCAUGUUGAAACUACUACUACAAAUCAAGAAAGAUGUGAGUUUUUUUUCAUAGCAUAGCCUAGCUGGCCACGCUAGACCGACGGAUGCGCCGUAUUCUGCUGGCGCAAGGCAGCGGUGAUCAGCAGCGACUAGUUGCUGAGCAGCAGCGACAGAUCCGCGCACAGUUGCGAUUGGUCGUGAAGGACACCGGCGCGGAGCUUCCCCCAACGCCCGCGGAGGAAGAGUUCGUAACUCCGGCGGUUUUCCAUCGCGGACAAGAACUGCAGCAUGAUAAGGCAGUAGAAGUAGAACCUUUUGAAAGAAAGCAAGAUCAUGAUCAUACAUAUCAAGACGAGCGGUAUGGUGCCACCACCUACCGGCAGGCAAAGAACAAACUCGCAGCCGAGUCGACCUCACCAAAAGCGACGGCUGCGAUGCUGAGCUACAUGAUGAGUGCUUCCAGUAGAGCGCGGGAACAGGUGGAUCCGCGCUUGAUGAGCCAGAUACUCGCAGCCCAUGGAGGCGGCCCUCCGCCUCCUCACGACAGAACCCAACCGACAUCGUCGGCCACAGUGCAGAAGACAGGCUCUGCAGGAGGAGGUGUUCCUUCAGGGGAGCAGGCAAGAGGUGGGGACGAGCAAGUAGAUCGUACCGAUGUUCAUCUUGAUUCGCACCAAUACCAAACAACCAACAGCGACAGUCAACGUGGGCGCCGACCGGCUGUUCCGCCGAGAAGUAGUGGAAGCACAAAUCAUGAGUACUUGCCAGCACAACGGCUGUUGAAUAACCCGUCGGAGUCUCCACCGGUAGUUCCGGGCUCCUGCCGUGCAAAGUCAUCUUCGUCCCCCUCUGGCUACGUGAGUGUCCCUCUACAACCACCGCCACGCGGGCUACAACAGAAGACGCUCUUCAAACCCGCCGCUCCGGAUGUUUAUCCAGGAAAAAACAUCCAUCCCCAUCCAAUUUGUCAUGCAAAACAUGCAUAAAGUCCACUAUUUGUCAUGCAAAAAAUGGAUGGGGAUGGGUGUUUUUUCUUGGAUAAUGUUACUGUCGACGCACAAGGCGGAGGACCGUCGCCAACAGCCGGACCUGCGUCCUCCGGUGUCUUCCGCUCGUUUGCACUUCCCGAACACCUCGCGUACCCGUCGAGGCAGGCGUUGCCGAGCGUUGUCUCCCCGGCCCUCGGCAAUUUCACCUCAUCGGUGGCUUUUGUACCUCCAUUUUUUGUUGGGCAAGGAGAUGAACAUCAGCAAGAGCGUCACUCUUCCAUAGGCCACCAGCAGCACCAUCCCGGCGCAGUUCUUAGUCUUACCUCGCCUCUUCAACACCAGCACCAGAGGCCCAGCAGCACACCAGCCGCAAGCGUAUUGUCAGGCCCUUUGGUGGAUCCCCCGGACCCAAACGUCUGGCUGCGCAUGCCCACGGAGGAAAAGGUUCAGAACGAGGCAUUACUUGACAAGAUCGAAGAGUGGCUCGGGAGCACGGGCAAAAACAGCACACGCCGGUGGAACCAAUCUCAGCUGCAAAAACUCGCAGACUUCGCUAAAGGAAGAGACUUGACGGAUCCCGAACGCAUCUACAAGCAGUAUAUGGAAGAGAAAACGCGGCAAGCAGCUGCUACUUCCUACUAUUGAAAGCCGAU